AUGAGCUCUGCAACUUCGUUUACCGUUCCAGAGAUGAACAUGAAAGCUGUGGAGUGUUUUCGGCGUGGGAGCUUUGAAAGAGCAGUGUCGUGGCUGGACCAAGCGCUGGGGUAUCUCAAUUCCACGGCUUGUUUGGGUGAACGUAGCACAGAUGGAAUGGAUCAGUCAGAGACUUCUUCUGUCCAAGCUGGUUCUGUAUACAGCGAUGCAUCGGGUAGCACCAGAAGCAGGCCGGAUGCUGCAGCUAGCUUCUCCGGCCUCUCCGCCAGCCUGGAUUCUCACAAGAAUGUUGUUUGCGAGAAAACUGUUCUUCAGCAAGAGGUCCGGGGAAACGGUAAACAACGGGGUAUGAUUCGUUCCGUAUCCACAACCUCUUGUCCUCUGAGGACAAAGCACCAUCAAGCGGCAACCAAUGUCUUUGAGUUCUAUUCUCGCUUCCUCGUUUUCGAAGCACACCGUGCCCGCGGGAUAUCCAAGUCUCGACUGCUUUGCGUAGUAUUUUUCAAUAUGGGGGUAUGCUACCACAGUGAAGCGAUUCGGCUUCAGAACGUUGGGUCUCCGCCUCCAGUUUAUGGCUACUUCUAUCAGUACGCGUUGCAGCUUUACAACAUGAGUCAGUUGUCCCUACACAACUCUUGGGGCGCACUGAACUGCGAGGACGAGAACCAGACCCUGGUGCUGGGAUUGGCUCUCUCGAACAACAGUGGACACAUUCAUCAUCUCAUGGGCAACUUUCGGGAAAGCCGGUACUGCUUGGACGCCAUUCAACACUUUAUCCAGUCCACCAAGACCACUACACCAGAGAACAAGGAGCAAAACGAACUGAGUACAACAUUGUCUCCGCAAGAUCAGGGCUUCUUCUUGCGAACGGCCAUCAUCUUUGAGGACCGCAACCUGCAUAUUGCACCAUCUGCUUGAGCCCGUGUAUAUAUAUUGCACCAUUUGCUGGAGCCUAUGUGCUGGUGCCAGUGGUCAGUACCAUGAGCCUCGCAC